AGGCGAAAGCGUCAAAACGCACCAGGACUUGGAGGGGAGCUUCCCGCUGGAGUAAAAAUAAUAUGAACAUUGCCUUAAUGGCAGGGGAAUCCGUGAAUUUUAGAGAAGGAUAAUGAGGGCCGUGUUCGCUCCGCAAGAAGGUUAUUCCCUAAAAACAUAAGCUUUACAGAAUUCCAAGGAUAUUUGGAGUACACACUCUACAACUGCAAGUGAAGACUCCGAGACGGACAAUCAGUCCCGGCUUCUUUUUAAUUCUAAGAAAGACAUGGGGAAAUGUUCACCUUGGAAAAGCAGAGUUGGCUGGAAGAUCUGACAAGAACACAGGGAGGAAAGUGAGCGAGGACCCGCACGUCUGUGGCUAUUUCCCAUCAUUUGUUAGCUGGUGGGCUUUAUAUCACAGCUGAUGACUGUCCCUCCGGAGGCUGGAUUACAGGGGUUAGCGGCAAGCCUGAGAGUUUGCUGAAGGGCGUGCCCCCAGCUUGUAUGUUGGUCACCUACCCCCGCUCUUGCUCACAGGGAUCAUGUGGCUUUGUCCAAGGAGAAAUCGUUUUCCCUUACAGAACUGGCACGGUGUCCAAAAUUGCACCAAUUUCAGCGUGUCGUUGUGGGUUUUAAGCUUUUGUUGGUGCUUUGCGGCCCUGAGAGGUCAGAACUACCACCCCACUGUGAACACACAGUAUGGGAAGCUCCGUGGGGUGAGGGUGCCCCUGCCAAGUGAGAUCCUGGGGCCGGUUGACCAGUACCUCGGAGUCCCAUACGCAGCUCCCCCUGUGGGAGAGAAACGCUUCAUGCCCCCGGAGCCACCUUCCUCCUGGUCGGGAGUCAAGAACGCUACCCACUUCGCUCCUGUCUGCCCACAAAAUAUUCACAAUGCUGUGCCAGAAAUCAUGAUGCCAAUAUGGUUCACCUUUAACCUGGAUAUAGUUACUACAUACAUACAGGAUCAGCACGAAGACUGUCUUUACCUAAACAUCUAUGUUCCUACAGAGGAUGUCAAAAGAAUAUCCAAGGAAUGUGCGAGGAAACCCAACAAGAAAAUAUGUAGAAAAGGAGGGGCCCAUGCAAAAAAACAGGGUGAAGAUUUGUCGGAAAACGACGGUGAUGAAGAUGAAGACAUCCGAGAUACCGGGGCCAAGCCUGUGAUGAUCUACAUCCACGGAGGGUCCUACAUGGAAGGGACGGGAAACAUGAUCGACGGGAGCGUCUUGGCCAGCUAUGGAAACGUCAUCGUUAUCACUCUCAACUAUCGAGUCGGCGUCCUCGGCUUCCUCAGCACAGGUGAUCAGGCUGCCAAAGGGAACUACGGGCUUCUGGACCAGAUCCAGGCUUUAAGGUGGAUCAGCGAGAACAUUGGCUUCUUCGGAGGAGAUUCCAACCGCAUCACCGUAUUCGGAUCUGGGAUCGGAGCUUCCUGUGUCAGUUUGCUCACCCUCUCCCAUCACUCCGAAGGUCUGUUCCACAGAGCUAUCAUUCAGAGUGGGUCAGCCCUUUCCAGCUGGGCGGUGAACUACCAGCCAGUCAAGUACACCCGUCUCUUGGCAGAGAAGGUGGGCUGCAAUGUCCUCGACACAUCAGACAUGGUGGACUGCCUGCGGAAGAAGAGCUCUAGGGAGCUGGUGGAGCAAGACAUCCAACCUGUUAGGUAUCACGUGGCCUUUGGACCCGUCAUUGAUGGGGAUGUUAUUCCAGACGACCCAGAGAUUCUAAUGGAACAGGGCGAGUUUCUCAACUAUGAUAUCAUGCUGGGGGUGAAUCAGGGUGAAGGCCUGCGGUUUGUGGAGAACGUGGUGGACUCAGAGGAUGGUGUUUCUGGAAAUGACUUUGACUUCUCUGUGUCGGAUUUUGUGGACAGCCUGUAUGGAUACCCGGAUGGAAAGGACACCCUAAGGGAGACCAUUAAGUUCAUGUACACAGACUGGGCAGACAGGGACAACCCCGAGACUAGGCGGAAAACGCUGGUAGCUCUCUUCACUGACCAUCAGUGGGUGGAGCCGUCAGUGGUGACAGCUGAUCUCCACGCCCGCUAUGGUUCACCAACCUAUUUCUACGCAUUUUACCACCACUGCCAGAGUCUUAUGAAGCCUGCAUGGUCAGACGCAGCCCACGGGGACGAAGUGCCAUAUGUCUUUGGAAUUCCAAUGAUUGGUCCCACCGACCUUUUCCCCUGUAACUUUUCCAAGAAUGAUGUCAUGCUCAGCGCUGUGGUUAUGACCUACUGGACCAACUUUGCCAAAACUGGAGACCCCAACAAACCAGUUCCCCAAGACACCAAAUUCAUCCACACCAAGGCUAACCGUUUUGAAGAGGUGGCCUGGUCCAAGUACAAUCCCCAGGACCAGCUCUAUCUGCAUAUAGGCCUGAAGCCACGUGUGCGCGACCACUACCGAGCCACCAAAGUGGCCUUCUGGAAACACUUAGUGCCCCACCUGUACAACAUGAACGAAUUUUUCCAAUACACCUCUACAACCACCAAAGUGCCACCCCCAGAGACCACACAGAACAGCUUGUCCACCAAGAGACCCAACGGGAAAAACUGGCCCUUUAACACCAAACGCCCCCCCAUAUCGCCUGCCUACAACAGUGAGGAUAAAGACUCUUGGAGUGAUGAUGAAGUGAUUGACCCACCUGCGGUGGACAACCCCAGAGAUUAUUCCACGGAGCUCAGCGUCACCAUCGCAGUGGGAGCCUCACUGUUGUUUCUCAAUGUCCUGGCUUUCGCAGCCCUGUAUUACCGCAAGGACAAGCGGCGGCAGGACUCUGGCCACGGGCAACCCAGCCCGCAGCGCCAGAACACCUCCAACGACAUCGGUCACCAUGCGCCAGAGGAGGAGAUCAUGUCCUUACAGAUGAACCAGACCCACCAUGAGUGCGAGGCAGGGAACAGCAACGAAGGGGCACUGCGUCUGGCCUCGUUACCUGACUACACCCUUACGCUGCGCCGAUCCCCGGAUGACAUCCCCCUCAUGACACCCAAUACCAUUACCAUGAUUCCCAACUCCCUGGUGGGCAUGCCUAACCUCCACCCUUACAACACCUUCACAACUGGCUUCAACUCCACCGGCCUGCCGCACUCCCACUCUACCACCCGCGUAUAGCUUUAAGGAGUAUGGGACGGGGGCAGCUGGCGCAGGCGGGAGAGAAGGAAGUGGUGGCGGGUUGGCGGAGGAGGAGCGGGAAGAUGAACAAAUUGAAGAGAGGAUUGUGUUUUAUAAAUAUAACAAGCAGGGGGGAGGGCUGUGUUGGGGAGGGGCAGGGAAGGGCAAGAGUGGGAUUAAAACAUGCAGAGAUUUAACAAGACUUUAACUAUGAGGAGAGUUGCUGAGAGCUCUCUGUGGAUGUCAAGUUGUGCAGAGCUGCCAAAAUCAAACUGCUUUCCUUCUCCAGAAAGAGGGGGAGGUAGUCUUUCUGCAGUGUUUUUUUUUUUCUAAAAUAAUCAUUUUAAAAGCCUUUUUAAGCAGACUGAGGAUAUAUCAACACUUUUUUUUUGUUGAAUUAAGAACAACAACAAAAAAUUCAAAGAGAAGUGCUUUUUAUUUCCCAUUCCCUCCUCCUACGGGAGACAUCUAGAAGGACGGCCUCCGCGUCAAUAUUUGCGAAUAUUUUUAAUUGCUUCUUUGUUUUGUUUUUAUGUUUCAAUGCCUUACUGAGCUUUUUCUUUUCUGUCAUUAUUUCUACUCUCUGAGACAAUUUAGAGUGUAUUACAAAGCAGGACAAGACUCAGAAAUAAGAGACUGAAUCCAGGAUGGGAAUCUUGAGGAUAUGCAGAUGUAGAGAUUUUAAAACCCAUUUUGGGCAACUCUUUUUUUGUUGUUGUUGUUAUUUUGUUUACUUCUCUGGUGCAUACCAACAUAACAGCCACACAGAAAGCGUUAUCUCUUUUUUUUUAAACUAGAAAUGAUUUGUGUGAGACUGUAUUUGCCACGACAAGAGAAGGUGGAGAUGAAUACUACUUUACUGUGAUUGUUUAAUGAAAAAAGUGCAUCUUUUACAGCCAAUUUUAUCUGUUGAAUUAUCUAAUUUUAUGGUCACUGGGUGUGCACGUGCACAAGCUGCUGUGUGGUGUGUUUGAAGUGCAUGUGAAGAUUAUUUUGUAUCUGCAGCUUGCAAGAGCGGUCAUAAGGUUUGAGAUAAAGAAAGAGAAACGAUGUAAGAAACUAAGAAAUGUAAGAGUUUGAGGGUGUGUGUUUGUGUAUGCGUGUGUGUGAGUGAGUGUGUUCGUGCACCAUUUUUGUUUUUCCUGUUCUUUUUUGUUUUGCAUCUUACUGUAGGUGUGGGUGAGGGGGGAAGUGUAGGAAAUGGGUACUUUCUCAUGUGGCAGAUUUUGGUUCAACACCAGUAGUGUUUUCUGCUGCGUCUCUGGGUGUCUGUCUUCGCCAAAUAGCACUUUUGUUCUUUUGAAAGCUCUAUAUGUCUAAUUUUUUUUUUUUUUUUGCUUAAUGAAUACAAAAUAAGUAUAUUAUUUUAUGUCUUAAGAGAGAAAAAAAUAGCUAAAGAAUCUGAACUAACUGACAUGAUUCCAUUGACUUUGUAAGAGUUCCUCUUCAACAGCAGACAGUGGCCUGUUUGCGCUGACUAAAACUACAUCAGUGCACACUUGUAUUUCUUUUAAUAUAUAUAUAAAUAUGGGCAUACAUACAUAUAUGUAUAGGGCUUCUAUGGAGAUAUCAUUCCCAUUUACAAAAUGAUUAAAUCACUUUCCAGACUGAAUUUCCCCAGCAUAAAGACUUUCCAUGUAGAGGUGUUGCUAUUUGAAACAUACCAAGCCCAAGAAUAUUCGAGGUGUCUUUGUAAGAGCUCUAUAUGUAUAUUUAUGUAUAAAAUAUUUAAUAUUUAUUUAUGUAAACCAGAUGCAUACAUGCUGAUUGUGCCAUGUGCCAAAUUAAAACUGUAAAAA